UUUUCAUGGUGACUUUAUUAAAGGAGGAAAGGUUGCAAAUGGUGGAAAGAGUUCUCAGUCAAAAGACCCGCAUUCAUCAGAUCAAAGAGUUGGGAAAAAACUUUCCGAAAAUAUCAAAUGCCUGAUGGACUGUGAGGCCGCAGAUAUUUUACAAGGAAUUCAAGAGCAGAUGGUCAUGUUAUCUAGAGAUUCAACUUUCAAAAUGCCCAUAUCAUUUGACAAGGGACUGCAGUAUGCCAAAAACAAUAGCAAGUAUACAAAUCCGCAGUCUACUAGACGUGUUCUUGAACCUCUUGCAAAAUGUGGUCUCACUGACAGUGAGGUAUGUGUGAUUGGUAAUGUGUGCCCAGAAACUAUUGAUGAAGUGUUUGCUCUUCUCCCAUUAUUGAAGGUAUGACAUAGAGCAUUUUGUGUUCCUUUCAUUUAAAUCAUUAAUGAAAGGAGAUAUGGUUGUUUUCUUAUUAUGUAAUAAGGUUCUUU